UUUUCUCAUCCCAAUUUUGAAAAUCCACUCUCAUUCUAGAAACUACUAAAAUAAUAAUAACGGGUGCAGUUAGGGUUUAAUAUUAACAAUCAAAUAUGAGCGGCGGCGAUUCGGAAUCAAAGAAAGGAGGAAGGGGAAAACAAAAAACGACGAAAUCCGUAUCUCGAUCGUCAAAGGCUGGUCUUCAGUUUCCAGUUGGUCGGAUCGCUAGAUUCCUUAAGGCCGGAAAGUAUGCUGAACGUGUUGGUGCUGGUGCCCCCGUUUACCUCUCCGCCGUCCUCGAAUAUCUUGCCGCCGAGGUAUUGGAAUUGGCAGGGAAUGCAGCAAGGGAUAACAAGAAGAGUAGAAUAGUGCCAAGGCAUAUUCAGUUGGCAGUGAGGAAUGAUGAAGAGCUGAGCAAACUAUUGGGGUCUGUCACAAUCGCAAAUGGUGGUGUUUUACCAAAUAUUAAUUCUGUUUUACUUCCCAAAACGCAUGGCAAGGAUAAAGCUGAUCUACACGCCUCUGCUUCUCAAGAGUUCUGAUCACAUCCUCUCAAAGACGACUUAUAUUUCAAUUUCUUUUAAUCUACAAAUUUUUAUGAUGAAUUUUGGUGUUGCUAUGCUAUGUCAUCAAUCAGUUACUUGGUAAUUUUAUUCGUUUGGUUGUUGGCUGAUA